AACUUUGAGGAUUGCAUCAGGAAAAUUUAAUGGAUGUUACUUUUAAAUAUCUGCUGGAAUGCAUUUGCAAGCCUGUGUGUCUACAGAUGUACACUCUCACCCUGUGAAUUAUUUCUUCUCUAUAAAUACACCUGCAUUCGAUUAUGCUGAAAAGAAAAACACGAUAGCAAAAGCUCUGGAAGAUCUUAAAGCCAACUUCUACUGUGAACUCUGUGACAAGCAGUACUAUAAACACCAGGAGUUUGACAAUCACAUUAACUCUUAUGAUCAUGCUCACAAACAGAGACUGAAGGAACUGAAACAGAGGGAGUUUGCUCGAAAUGUAGCAUCUAAGUCACGAAAAGAUGAAAGGAAGCAGGAGAAAGCCCUUCAACGUUUGCACAAGCUAGCUGAGCUAAGGAAACAGAGAACGUGUGCUCCUGGAAGUGGCCCUAUGUUCAAAUCCACUACAGUGACUGUGCAAGAUGAUUGCAAUGACGUCCCCAAGAGCGCUGCCACAGAUUCUGCCAAAAGCCAGGAUUUCAGCUGUACACUAGUGCACGACAUGCAGAAUUGCAAAGACAUUGCUUCUGUUGUUCCCUCCGCUCCUGGGGAUGCAGGUGGUCACCAAUCCGACGCUAACAAACGCGGAGAUCAGGUUCAAAGAGCUCAAGGACACAGAGUCGGGUUCUCCUUUGCUUUUCCUAAGAAAGCAGCAGUCAAACUGGAGUCUUCAGCUGCUGUUUUCUAUGAGUUUAAUGAGGAAACCUCCAUGGAGCAUGGAUUUAGCAGAAGGAGUAGGUUUGUUCCGGGAACAUGCAACCUUCAGUCUCCUUCAGCAGCAGAAAUAGUUGUAUGCCCUGAGGAGAAACACAACUGUUUUCACCCACUGGUGGAAAAAUGCACAGAAACAGCAGAAGCUCCUGAAGCUCAGGAGCCAAAAGAGCUACCCAGUGAGGAAAGCAGGGUGCUGGAGAGUCCAGCUUUACCUCCUGCCGUGUCCCACUCAAAGCAGCCGGUGUCCUCGGGCACGGAUGGCCACAGUGGGGAUGUGAGUGCCGCCGACUCGGGGGACCAAGCUCUGUCACCCUGUCCCUCUGCAGACAGUGCUCAAGUCCUGCCCCUGGACGGCAGCAGGCAGGAGCUGCAGGCCAGCAGAGCUCCUGUGCAGGAACCUGGGGAGGAUUGCUCCUCUCUGCAGGAUGUUGUAGAGGAAAACUGUAGCGAUGGGAACAGUGAUCCAUCCGCAACUCAAAUUGAAAUAAAAAAUCUGGGGGCAGAUGCGGUAGUUCCACCACCAUCUGAAGAAGGCAGUGGAGCCCCAAAAAGCAAACCAGACAUAUACAAGAGACCCUGUCAACCCUUUGUUCCUGUUCUUAGCAAAUAUGGAUCAAAUAUUCUUCAGUGGCCAUCAGAAAUGUUAAUUUACACAAGUACAGAUCCGUCAAUUUCUUAUAGCUGUAAUCCUUUAUAUUUUGAUUUUAAGUCGUCAAGUGUAAGUGAAAGCCAAGAAAAGCGCAAGCAUCAACCAAACAUACCUCAUUUGCACCAUAAAACUGAAUCUAACCAUAUCUUAGUCUCAGAUUUUACAAAAAGACCUAGUCCGGAGUGUGGUGAUUAUGAAGUAGAAGUGAAUAAAAAUGUGUGCAACUAUACAAUACCCCUGUUAAGUGAUGUUUCCCUCUUCAGAAAUUGUGACCUUGCAAAAAAUCAAAACAAAGUGUCCUUGGAUGAGUCACUCGGGAUUAGAAAAAUAGAAAAGUAUCACAUAUCUCCUAACCCCUUACGACAAAACACUGUGAUAGAUGAGAAAUACAACAGAGUCUGGAUCAAAGAAGGCCAUGAAAAAUGGCUUCACAAAAGCAGAAAACGGAAAAGGAGAAGAAAAUUAUGUCAUUGUCAUUAUCAUCACUGUGGAGACACAACAAUAGCAGAAAUGGAGAUGUCUCCAGUAACUGAAAAAGAAGUUACUUACAGAGACGAAAAUAAGUAUCAGCACCUCCAAAAUAAUGCAGAGAAGUGCAGACAUGGUGCAUGGUUAACUGCAGGCGAGGUGCAGCAGUCACAGCCAAAAUUUGGCAUUGAGAAGGGACCUAAGAGAGUCAUGUCUGCAUCAGAUCACAUACACUGGGACAGAGGCUGGUGUGACUUUUGGAGUGCAAAAACCAGUGGCCAGCACCAUGGAUGUAAAAGACCACACAGAAAGAGCAAAGCCAGCUCCCAGAGGCAGGCGAGGCAGCUGGCUCCGAGCUCCAGGAGGCACAGCCUAAGGCACUCGAAAACCUGCUGUAGCUGGAAAGCCAGGAGGUCAAGCUGUAGCCCAGAGCAUAAAUGUUCAGGACAGUGCAGCGAGGAGAAGGGGCCGAGUCAAAACCAGCCCAUAAAGAGAGGUUACAGCCUUCUGACAGAGGAACCCGAGAAACCUCACCGCAAGAGGAGGCAGCACACCUACUCCUCUUCCUCGGAUGAAAGCUCAUGUGGACAGGCAUUAUCAGCAGAGCAAUGUCUAAGGCAAGGACAUGCUUUAGCUGCCUACCACAAGGCAAAAGGGAAGCGCAGGAAAAGGAAGACGAGAAUCCAUCAAGUUUUCCUUGACAGGAGCGCGAAAAGCGAGCCCUCUGAAUCUUCCAAAGAAAAUUCUGCAAAUUCUGUGUUAAAUAUUUUGGGGGACUUGCUGACUCGAGAGGAUCUAGAGGAAGCUAACGCAGCUCCCAAAGAUGAUGGUGAUGAUGAUGCAAAAGACAGGGAUGAAACAAUGGAGCUGGAGGAAAGCAAGUCUCCUCUAGAAACUGCUGGCCCACAGGUUCUGGAAGAUGAUAAAUCCACGGCGUGCGCAGCGAUGGGGAGCGCGCCCACCACGCGUCCUGAGGUCACCACGAGUUCUGCUGCUGCUGCCCCCGAGCCCAGUGCCACAGCAGCUCCUGCCAAACAGGGUGUUGUUCCCCAGGAGGGAAAGAAAAAGGAAAAUGUCGACGGUCGUGAAAAUCAAGCUCGUUACAAAGUUCCCGUCCCCAGCAGACACUUGGAACAAGCUCCUCCUAAAUCCUAUCUUUGCCAUUACGAGCUGGCCGAGUCUCUACCGCACGAAAAGAUGGGUGAGGUGGCCGGCGAAUGGGUGCAGUGCAAUCCCGGCAUAUUUAGCAGCCCCCCGCCCUUGCCAUUCAAAGAAGCACACGUAAACACCUUUCUAACCACGGAGCAGCUAAUAGCCCCCUUCCCCCUGCCCGAGCAGGCGCUGAUCCUCGCUCCCGACGGCCGCGAGAAGUUCAAAGAGCUCCCAUCGGAGGCCUAUCAGCAGGUGAUGCCGCUGGCCAGCAAGGUGAAGUUCGCCUUCGCCCCUCCGGCCAUGCAGCCCCCGGGCUCGGCGCUGCCGGGGCUGCCGCUGCCGCCGCCGCUGUGCUCUACCUCGGUCACCACCAUCCACCACACCGUCCUGCAGCAGCACGCCGCCGCCGCCGGCACUAUCAAGCUCCUGCAGCCCCACCAGCAGCUCCUCUCGCAGCUGCCGGCUCUCUCCAGGGCUCCUUUACCUCAGGUCCCGCUGGGGCCGCGGCUGUGCCCGGCGGGACACGGGGCGCUGCUGGCCCCGGCGCAGCUGCCGCUGCUGCCGCCCGCGCUGCUGCCGCCCGCCCCGCUGGCCUUUCCCCCGCACGGCGUCUUCCCGUCCCUGCUGGCCCCGCACCCGGCCGUCAUCCCCCUGCAGCCGCUCUUCUAGCGGGGAAAAGCCUUCAGCUGAGCUUCAGCCGCAAGCUUUGCAGAGCUUGGAGUGAUCCGGGCAAAGGAAAGCGGUUCAAAUGUUCCUCGGGAAGCAUUUGCUGCAAGGGUAAUAAAGAUGCAACAAACAGACGUUCACGGCGAGUUCAGACCUAUACUAUUACUAAAGCACUGAAUAGUCUGAUACUAAUUAUGAACUAUAUAUAUAUGUGAAAAUCAUGUCUUAGAAUAUGUAUAAUGUAUAUAAAAUAUAUUUAUAGUUCUAUAACUUAUGUUGUAAAGUAUUCACUUUUUUGUUUUUUAUCUUUGUGUAUUUGCACCUAUUUAAUGUUUAGACAAAGCUGAUGCACUAUGUUUUGUACUAUGUUCUCUGAAACUGUAAAUCUAGUGACAAACUAUCUCUUGCAAUAAAUUUUUGUUAACCACUUAAGAAUAUCUUUCAUUAUAAGCCUCAUGGAUGUUGUUCUUCCAUGUCCUUCUGCAGCUGAAUAGCAUCUUCUGCCCCUGCUGUGUUGGGAUAACCAGGUUUCCUACAUGUCAGUGAUUUAUCAGGGGGGCUUAGGGGCCAGUACCCGGCGGGCAGCGGUCUCACCAAGGCACAGAGAAAGGGUAAUAGAUGUGUUUGUGUCGGAGGCUUGAUGUCACCGUGACAAAUUUUGCCUGUGUGCUCACACUGCUGACUGGUGGAGCUGAUCCCUUUCACACUAAACCACAGAAAGGCAGUGUAACAAACGUAAUGCUGGUGAAUGGAAGGGGAAAAAAGGCCGCUAUUGACAGCAGCUUGGCUUGGAGGGAAUAUUGCUGGUAGUGGAAGGGUAGAGCCCUGGUUCCACUGGGCGGUUUCUCUGAUGGCCCACAGGUCUGUCUGAGAGAAGUUGUUGCUGCUGGGCAGCGUGUGAAGGCAGCAGGAGCACAGGAGCAUGAAGAGGAGGUCAGGAAACCCACCACUGACACAAAUUCUUACCUCACCUCGCCCCCCUACUUCCCGCAGCAUUUCACUAAAGAAAUAGAAUAACACAAACUAGAGAUUAAUUAUAGUAAUAAUUUACUACCAUCGUUUCUAACUGUAUUCCAGAGACUUCUCCCUACCUCUGCAGCCUUUUCACUGCUGUCAGACCUCACACAGCUUUAGCUGGUGAAAUCUCCUUAUUUGCUUUAGCAUGAGGUGUAUCAGACCCGUGCCUGUGACGGUCCAGAAUGAAAGCAGAAGUCACUCAUCCCUCUGAGUUAAAACAAAGUGUUAUCAUGUGAGUGAAGCCAAGGAUUUGCAGCAUGAAGGUUAGUGCUAGAAGUAGGCUUCCAUAAUAAAAGGUAGGUAGGCUCUCCCAAUUAAUGACUUCUUUCCACCUUUUUAUAUACGAUAAUAAAAUCAUAUAAAGUUGAACUGAAAGAAUAGUGAAUUUUAAGUAUUCUUAAUAUACAUUGCAUAUUAAUAGCUACAGAUUUGCGAAAUUAUGCUAUAUCUUACAACAUAUAUAUCUGGAUCUUAUUUUCUGCAUCGAUAGCAUUAGAACUUACCUGUAUCAAUAUUGCAAGUUUUAGUAUAAUAUUACAUUAAAACUGUGGCAAACAUCUUGCCACAGUGAUUACAGAGCCAGCUGCUCGAGGGACGCAAGCUUCCCAUUUAGCAAAGGGCUAAAUUAUGUUAAUAGGCAAAAAGAAAGAGCAGAUGAGCAGCCAGGUUCUGGAGAGUGUCUGGAUCCCCCACCUGAGGCUGCAGCAGGGAGUGGGAGUCAAGGAGCAGCCACCCCUGGAAUGCCAGAAGGAAGGUAGAUUUUCUCCAGCUCUAACUUCAGGUGGAUGCCCAUUUCUAGUUCUGUGGUACCUACAAAAUACAGGACUCCAGGACUUUGUGCUCCUUCUUUAUCUCAAGAGUGUGCCUGCAUAAGGUGUUUGUCUCCACUGCCUCCUGUUGGAAUCUCCUUUGGAAUCGGGAGGGCUGUCCUGGCUGAUCUGGGGCCCUUGGCUGACAUGUCCUGGCUUCUGCAUUCUGCCCUCCUCUGUGGGAGACAGCACACACACACACUGCCCUGGGUUCUGAUGUCCCAUCAAAGACAAAAUCCCCCUCAUCACAGAGCAGUACAUUAAGGAAAAAAAAAAAAAAAAGGAAAAGAAUCCACAUAGGACAGAUACGGUUGCACAUUCUGGCAGAUUAAAAAUAGCCAGUUUAAAAUUUUCAGUUGCAAUGCUCAUUGAAAAAUCCCAUCUGUGAACUUGAAGACCACGUUUUUUUCACCAAAAUGUUCCAACAGCUUUGAAUUCUACUUUUUCCUUACAAUUUAAAUUAUUUUAGGUUGUUAAACAGUGUUAAGACAUUGCACAAUUCUUUAUCUACUGUAAUUGCUGUUCAAUAGUGUAUAAACUAUUUAAAAUAAAAGACUAAUAACCAUAAAAUGUAAUAAUUUUCUAAUAUGGUAUUGCCUUUAAUGCUAGAACUGUUUGUAUAUGUGACUUCAUAUGUAAAAGCAAAAGCAGUAUAAAAAUAAAUCAUAAGUUUCAAAUUGAACACACUAAAUUAAAUUACCUAAUGAAAUAUUCCUUUGAGUUUCUGUUUUAUUCUUAAAUACAUAACUUCUAGUAAAUUAUAUAAGGGUAGCUGUUCUUCUUUUGUAUAUUUUUCCUGGUAUUUUAGAUUAAAUGUGUAUUUUUAAUCCAUAAAUUGGUAGUCUGAUUUAUAAACAAAAACCAUUGCAAGUGCUAAAUAAGUGAAUUUUUAUAAUUCUAAAUAAAUUCUACCCAAUUCCUUAAAUCUAAGUAAUUUACAUCUGAAUUUACAAAUUUGCACAGAUCUAGUGUGUCUAUGCUCCUGGCCACUUUGCCAGAUCUAGAAUUUACUGGGAUUUCUUCCUAGUGCAGGCAGUAAAAGUGUUGCUCCCAAAGGGCAGGGAUUAGACCUUGGGAUCAAGCCCUAAGUGAGGUUAGAGAUUUUGUUAAGUGGUUUCCCGGAGCAGCUCUGCACAGAAGUGCCUGAAAAGGUACUCUGUUCCCUUGAGAGGAGAAGAAUAUCUUCAUUUUGGUCCUUAGAAAGUUGCAGCCUGCCCAGACUGACCUUCCUGGGGACAUUCCAUUUCUCAGGUAACGUGAGCCAUAAAAUAAUGGUCCAGAGGAGCUCUUGGGCAUUAAGGAACAUGAACCUUGUGUUGUGAGGGACAGUUUGGAGUAACUGGGCUCUUGUCUUGUGUCUCUUGUGUCUGUAAGUACACAGAAUUUUGCAAAUGUUACCAAUAUAUGCAAAGAAUUGGAUUGUUGGUUUGGUUUCCUUCACAAUCUAGAAGCUACACGAGCUGUUAAUUGCUGGGGAGAAGCCACCAGAUUUCAGAUUCUACAUGAGUGAGCAGUGGGCUGUGGCCACGGAAGAAGUCACAGACAUUGGUAAAAGAAACACUUUGUGUGGAGGAUUAUUGAGUGAGAAUGUUUUUUACCUUUCAGUUUAAUCAAACAAUGAAAUAAUUAUGAAGCAAUGUCUUCUUUACCUGAAAUGUUAACUUUUUAUUAGCUUGCCAACUUUUUGCACUUGUAAAAGAAUCCUUUGGGUAUGGUGUUGAAACAAAGCUUUAAAAGGCUAUUGCAACAUCCAAUUCUCUUUACUCCUGUACAUGAGGAUGUGCUGCUAAUACAACAGCUCACAUGGCUAUAAUUUUUCUGACAAGUUUCUUUUCUGUAACUGUGCUUUUCCCUCAAAACACAUGUUUUCCAUUAUGGUAAUAUUUACUUGAUAUGCUGCGGUUAAAAUACAGCUUUAAAUAUAUUUGUUCAGGUUCUUCUUGGUGUGAAUUUUAUGUACAGCUUCUGGCUUUUGGUUUGUAAGCACCAAAAGUCAUUCAUGCUGCAAUGCCAAGGGUUUUGUUAACUCCUCCAGAUUAAGGCAAUACAUUAUGACCACGUGAAUGUAUUUUGAAGACAGUUCCUUGUUUGUAAGUAAGGUGGUAAAUUUUAUUCUGAUGGCUGUUUUGCUGUGGUGCUCAGAGUCUACAUGUUCUAAAGUCCACACAUUCAUUUUCUGCUCUCCAAUUACUGUGCAUUGCCUAAAGGCUUUUGUAUGUGUAGCAGUGCACACAUUUAUGCAAUAUGCCUGCCAGUUGUAAACUAUUGCAGUGCUACAUUAACGCUCUUUGUUGAAAGUAAAGACAUUUUUACUGUAUAAAGAUCACUGGAUAUUUUUUAAUUAACAUGGCUGACUAUCUAAAUGUGUAUGUUAUUUCAUAGAUCACUUUGAUUUAGUAUUUGCAGCAGGCAUGGUUUUGUGCAUUAUGUCCUUUCUCUUUACUUCAGGAACAUUAUAAAGUUUUCCCUUUGUGACUGAGAUUAUCAGAGUUUAUUGGGAUUUGCAUAUUUAUGAAAACAAACCAGGCUAUUUUA